AUGGAGUCUCCGAUGACCAACGCAUUGUGUGCCGUCUCGCGGAGAGGAUCGAAGCGGUUUCGGGUCGCAAUCUCGAAGUCUGGUGGUGGCGGAGGAGGAGAGGUCCUCGCCCGGGGCAUGGCGCGCGUUUUCCGCUGCUGCAGUAUCCAGGCCUCGUGGUAUCCCGGCACCGGGGUGAAGGAAAACUGGGCGGGCUGUGUCCUCGGUGCGUUGGACCUGGGCAGAGAAGCACGCGGGGUUGAGGUUGUAGGAGAAUUCUCAUGCCGAGAAUUUACCUGGGACACCUCAUUCAACACCAUCAUCCUCGGAUGCUAUGUCUUCCUUCACGGAUACUGUACCUUGUCACUUUCAUCAAGUGACAGUGACCUAAGGGAACAGGGUAUUCCCACAGGCUGCAGUAGAUCCUGCAAAGAAGACUCAGGCAGUUCUUCAGUAAAGGUUUCUGUGUCAGAGGCUGCGAAAGAGAUGGUUGAAAAUGCCUUGCAUAGGAAGCCUGGUGGAGAGGAUAUUCUUGAAGAGUACCGGUCAGAAAAGUCACUCAGUCAUCGCACCCGGAGACAGCUUGUCAACAUAUUGGCAAGUGAUCUGACCGAGAAACAUGGGAGGAUUCCCUCCUGUCAGCAAAAGGAGAAGUAUGCCUUAGGAAUUAUUACACUCUUUCCUUCACUGAAGGAUCCAUUUUCUCCAAAGGGCUAUGUGAAUCAAGACUUCCUGCUGCUGUUUGGUGCUGAAACCAAGUUGCUUGAGAAGUGGUAUACCUCCUUCAAGCCCAAAAUCAUCAAAGAGGCCAAACAACUGACUCAGUCAGCUGACCUGUGUCGUUUGUUAAAGGCUGCUGAGAAACUUGGUGAGAGCAGAGGUAGGAGGACCAAAAUAAGUUUGAGUGAUGCAGUGGACAAAAUGGUGCACUUUCACAAGUCAUGCUGCAGCAUCGAUGAACAUCUGCAAGAAAGAGAGGGUAAACAACCAUAUAUCCUUGCUGUUGGCCGAACACAGAACAGGAUUGACACCUUUUACAUUGCAGUUGACAAACAACUCAUCCCCUGCCAAGCCACCAGCUCAUUGAAUGAUUUUGAUCAGCUUUUCAAAUCCCACUAUGUGUUCAACUUGUCUUAUGAGGAGUCCCUCGUUCAUCUCUACACUUUUGUGCAAACCACCGUAUUCAACAUUGAUGUAACUUCAACAGACGAGUCACCCCGUGUCUGUGAGUUGCGUGCCAAGAUUCUGAAUGAGAAUUGA